GCCAGAGAGAGAAGACAGCACAUCCCCUCCUCAGGUCCCCAUGCUGAGGAGCACAUCACCCCGAACAGCUCAUCUCCUCUGUGGACAUUAAACCCUCUGACAGGAUGGAUUUCUUGGAUCACAGCUUCCUGGACGCGCGCUCUCCCUGUGAUUACACUUUUAACUUCUGGAACGACUACCUCGGCCUGUCCACACUCGUGGCCAAGACAAAGAUCAACAGUCCUCCCUUCAGCCCGAACUCCAUCACCGAGUCUCUUAAAGCCACCCUGGGUUUGGAAGACGACUCCCCGGUUUGCUCGUGCGUAAUCGGGCACGGCAGGGACAGCGACGCGCACUCGGACUGCUCCUGCUGCUGCGCGGCUCCAGGCUCCCCGCCGAUCUCCAUCUACGACCUGAAGGAGCGCAUCUCUCUCCUCGGGCCGUACGAGCACCUCGCCGGGGACAGAGACAGAGAUUCGCCCUCCUUCAGGGGAAGCUUCGCCGGCCUCGACCUGCUCUCCAUGGAGCGGCGGCGCAAGCAGGCUCCUCAGAGGGGGAAGCCGGAGCCGAAGGUGUGCGUCUUCUGUCGGAAUAACGGCGCGCCGGAGGAGGUGUACGGCACCCACAUCCUGAAGACCGCGGACGGCAGAGUCCUGUGUCCCAUCCUCCGUGCGUACACCUGCCCCCUCUGCAGCGCCAAUGGCGACAACGCGCACACCAUCAAGUACUGCCCGCUGUCCAAGGAGCAGCCGGGCCAGAGAGUGGCGAGGGGCGGCAGAGUCAUCGGGAAAAGGCUGAAAAGCUUCUGAACCAGGAGCCGGAGGAAGUUUGAAGUUGCACUGUCUGAAAUCACCAGUGUGUGUGUGUGUGUGUGUGAGAGAGAGAGGCAGAAACUUUGCCCUCAUUUCAUGCACAAGACAAGUCUGCAGAGAGAUUUACAGAGAUUUUUAUUGUUUGUGUUCCUGCUUCAUUUGUAACGUUUUCAUCCAUCUGGUGACUUAACGAACACGUAGUUUACACAUGGACGCAUUGUGCGCAAUAUUCCCUCCCUCCCUCUCUCCUCCCCUCCCUCCCUCCCUCCCUCCCUCUCUCCUCCCUCCCCCUCUCCUCCCUCCCCUCCCUCUAAAGACCUGGUGAUGAGAAACGAACCAAAGUACAGAUCGACCUGUGAAUGACACCUUCAUGCUGUAACCAGAAGCUGCUGUGUUUCAAUGCAAACAGCCCUGUGCUUUUUUUUUUUUAAACACAUGGAUGUGCAGCAGCUCUCCUGAAGUGAGAUGAAUGUCCCACAAUUCACUGGGGCCUGCAGAUGGAAAGAGUCUGACAGGCCCUGCAAGAUGCAACACACACUCCUCUAGCACAUCUUAGUUUCUUAAGAUAAAUGUUUUCUACCAAAGGAAUGCACUUUUGUAUUUAGCCUAAAGGUCAUUUCUGUAUGUUUAUAAGUUGGAUGUCUCAUAUAUUCUUUAGCCUCCGUGUGGUUUUAGUAUUUUGCAGAUUUGAGCUGAAUGUAAAACAGUGUGGGAGCUAAAUCUGACCUGCAGUUCACUGACAUGCUCUUCAACAAGCUCCAAGCUCGACUACAUGUCACAAGUUCUAAAACUAAUGCUGCAUUGAUUCGUUUUUAUCUCUGUGCAUCUGAAAUUCUUGUAAAUGUUUAAAAAAAAUUAAAAAAAAAAAGAAUAAGGGGGUGAAACAGUUUUAGCAAUGAGACGCCUGACAUUCCAAAGUCUUUAUCUGUCAAUAAAAAUGUUUUAUGUACUUAUUUUUACCUUAUGUAUCACUGGCAAAUAUAUUCACUGUAAAUAACCUCUGAAUAAACAUGUAAUUUGCAUUUUUC